CUCGCAACAGGAAAAUCCAAGAACUACAUGUUCAUGUGUAUUUAUGAAGACAAGGAAUUUUCAGACACUUUAUUAAUACACCCACCCUCACCCCCACCCCCACCCCCACCCCCCCCUUGUUUAGAGAGAGAAAAUGGGGAGAGGGAGAGUGGAGCUGAAGAGAAUCGAGAACAAGAUCAACAGACAGGUCACCUUUUCAAAGAGGAGAAAUGGGCUGCUCAAGAAAGCUUAUGAGCUUUCUGUGCUCUGCGAUGCCGAAGUCGCCCUCAUCAUCUUCUCUAGCAGAGGAAAGCUCUAUGAGUUUGGUAGUACUAGCAUGGCAAGGACCCUUGAACGUUACCACCGUUGCUGCUUUACUCCUCAAGACAAUCCUGCUGAAACAGAAACACAGAGCUGGUACCAUGAGGUCUCGAAAUUGAAGGCCAAGUAUGAAUCCCUUCAACGGACACAAAGGCACUUGCUUGGAGAAGAUCUUGGCCCUCUGAGUAUUAAGGAGUUACAAAAUCUUGAAAAACAGCUUGAAGGGGCUCUUGCGCAGGCCAGGCAAAGAAAGACGCAGAUUUUGAUGGAACAAAUGGAAGAGCUGCGCAGAAAGGAACGAGAACUAGGAGACAUGAACAAGCAGCUGAAGAUCAAGAUUUCCCUAGAAAUGUCAUCGCUCGACGUCGAGGGACAAGGCCUGAGAGGCCUUCCCUGUCCAUGGAAUCUGACCUCAUCUGAAACCAGUAGCUUUCCACUUCAAAUACAAGCUUCCAAUCCCAUGGAAAUGGAGCCAGAACCUUUUCUGCAAAUAGGGUAUCAUCACUAUAAUCUUGGAGAAGGGCCAUCUGUUCCUAGAAGGAUGGCUGUUGACAAUAAUAUGAUCCAAGGAUGGACACUUUGACAUUGCUUUUUCUUUCCAUCUAUCUUUGAAUACUUAUAAAUAUAUGAUUGUCUUAAUUUUAAUUUCAAUAUGGCUUGUCUUAUUUUGGAAUUUGCCUCAAAACUUUUAUAUAUAUGAAGUUGCACUUUUGAUUUUAGUGACAAUGAAAUUUGUAAAGUGAACAUAUAUAUACUUUGAUGCAAAUGUUAGGUGCGGUUUUGAUUGUUCUCAUGA